AGAGCAGAGAUCUCGAGAUGAAACAAGAGAAGUGUCCGUCAUGAAGAUGAAGCUGGGAAGCAACUAAUCUGAUCGUUUAAUCUUGAUUUUGAUUUCCCUCCCAAGCAGCUGUUUUGCCUUUGCUCAAGGACCAAGAACGUUGGCCAUGGAGCAAGGGUGGUACACAGUAUUGAUCCCAGAGAAAAAGGACUUGACUGCCAAAGGAUACCUUCAGCAGCUCAUCAAGAUUGAGAAGCGAGUCUUUCCCAAGCACGAGUCCAUGGCCAGCGUAUUCGAAGCUGAGCUACGCAAGAGGAACACCUGCGUUGCUGUGGCCGUCGUGAACUCCACUGAAGUCAUUGGGUACAUCCUUUGGACUAGAGAGAGAUCUGAGGGAAAGAUCGUCAAACUGUGUGUCGCUCCAGAGUAUCAGAAGCGAGGGGUGGGGGGACGGCUGCUCGAUACCGCGCUGGGGUGUCUAGGAGCCCUUGAGUCUCAAAGGGGCGUCACAGGCGCUUGCGAGAGGGUCAUGCUACAGGUCGACCCGAAGCGAGAGGCGGCAGUGAAGCUAUAUGCGUCGAGAGGCUUCUGUCAGCUCCGCAUGUUAGCGGACUACUACUGCAAGGGAAGAGACGCAAUGGCGGCGGAGCUGAUUGUAGGAACCAGUAGGAAAUGAUACGCUCGGAUCUAAUUUCAAUAGAGAUCUAGUUUUAU